UCACUGUUUCUAGAAUGUGGUGGAGCCCCAUCCGAGGUCCAGACCUGUUCCUCACGCUUCCAUUGAAGCACCGCGGAACGCGAUGUAGCGACUAAUGCGUCCGUGGGUCCCAAUCCAACCUAACAGAUGUUUCGGAUGCUGCCUCCUCCCGAUCCGCCAAGCAUAUAGUCUGGAUUGAUGACAUCGAGUAAUGUUUUUGAAGUUUCUGGGUUUCUCCUCGUGACAAUGAGGCGUUAAAGUGCGAAGUCUGCAAGGCUGUUAACGAUUGCUGGGGUUGUCCCUCGGAAGCCACCUGUAAGGUUACUUGACGUAGAAGAGAGACUGUUGGUAACGUUAGACAGAUUCAGACUUGGGUUUUUCUCUUGUGAUCGCGUAAUAGUGAUUCAGUUCAGGUUUGGUCUUAAGGAAGGAAUUUGAGCGUUAUCUAUUCAAAGUGGAAGGGUUUUGGUUUCUAAGAAAAGAAGAAUUCUGAGUGCCGUGAUUGUUAUGGGCAAUAGCGGCUCGUCUUCCUCGAGCAGGCACGAGCGAUCGAGGGAUUAUGCCCCUCCUGCUCCGUCGACAUGGCCUACUGGGCCGCGACACUCUAUGAUUCCCGACCGUAGCUACUCCAUGAACCCGCGGUACUCUAUGAUCAAUGAUAAUUAUAGGUCCUUAGAGGAGGUUCAGCGCGCCUUGAAAGACAACGGGUUGGAAUCGUCUAAUUUGAUAGUCGGUAUAGAUUUCACGAAGAGUAAUGAGUGGACGGGGAGGGUUUCAUUUGGUGGGCGGAGUUUGCACGCCAUCGGACAAGAGCAGAACCCUUACGAGAAAGCACUCACCAUCAUCGGAACGACGCUGUCUCCAUUCGACGAUGAUAACCUCAUUCCUUGCUUUGGAUUCGGUGAUUCCACCACUCACGACAAGCAGGUUUUCAGCUUUUAUUCCGAAAACCGCCCUUGCGAUGGCAUGGAGGAGGCUCUCGCUCGCUACAGGGCCAUUUUGCCGCACGUUCGGCUCGCUGGACCCACUUCGUUUGCUCCCAUUAUCAACGCCGCAGUUGACAUUGUUGAAGAAAGUGGCGGGCAAUACCAUGUUCUCUUCAUCAUCGCAGAUGGACAAAUAGAAGGCCCUCAGGAGCGGGCGACAGUUGACGCUAUCGUUAAUGCAAGCUAUUACCCCUUGUCCAUCGUCCUUGUGGGUGUUGGCGAUGGGCCCUUCAGCAUGAUGAAAGAGUUUGAUGACAAUUUACCAGAGCGCACCUUCGAUAAUUUCCAGUUCAUCAACUUCACUGAAAUUAUGCAGAGCAGGCUAUUGCCGCAGGAAAAGGAGGCGAAAUUCGCAUUGGGGGCACUUAUGGAGAUUCCUUUACAGUACAAGGCAACCGUGAAGCUUGGAAUCUUGGGCACCAGAAGAGGUCAGUCUCCCGGGGUUAGACCUCGUCCCCCGCCACCAAGGGUUUUGCAAAUGGACGGCCUAGGUUAUGGUCCGAGUCCUGGAUCUCCCCAAACUCCGUCGUUCACGCACAUGGACAGCCAAAAGUAUGGGCGUUCUAAUAACCCUCAAGCUCCAUCGUCCAUUUACAGCGAGUAUUAUUCACAGCCCGCACUGAGUGCUUAUUCUCAAUACGGUGGUUAUCCACCCUCUUUUGAUUCUGCUGUGUAUCCUCCUCCUCCUGCUCCUCCUGGAUAUCCUCCACCUCCUUCUGCUCCCUCUGGACAUCCUCCUGCUCCACCUGGAUAUCCUCCACCCCCUUCUGCUCCCCCUAGAUAUCCUUCUGCUCCUGCUGGGUAUCCAUCGUCCUCUUCUUCUGCUCCUGCUCCUCCAACCUACUUUCAUUCUACCUCUGGAAACUCUGGUGAAAGGGAUGCAGAGUGCCCUGUUUGUCUUUUAGACAAGAAAGAUACGGCAUUUAAUUGUGGCCAUCAAACGUGUCAGUAUUGUGCCCAGGCUUUAACGAAUUGUCCAAUAUGCAGGCAACCAAUUUCGAGGAGGAUACGCCUCUACUAGAUUUGUCUUCACGUUGCAGGUGUAGCAGGUAAUAGAACUGAUUUUUAGGGCUGGAUUGAUUUCAGUUGAGGUAGAUCUUUUGUCGACACUUGAUCAUCCCAAGCUGGUGAAGAAAAGCUUUGUAUUAAGUGUAAAUUCGGCAUAAUUGAGGUGUACGUGGGAGAGCAGCAUGAUUUUAGGUCAUACUCAGUAUAUAUGCAUCUCAACACAGAGGCUUCACUGAAAAUGUUAUUAGGAUAUCUACUGCAAUAUUCUUAUUCAUUAGAGACGAAUGGAAAGUAGAAGACGUGUCUUCAUGCUAAAGUCGACCUAAGGCUAUAAGUAAAUAGCGUUAGUUUCAAUUCUUUUCUCUUAUUUUAAGAGUAUAGAAAGAGCGUUAUCCAAGCUGCUCUUAUUACUCUAAUUGUUUCUCCGGAAUAUUACUGUACAGGGAUGAUCAGUCGUACAUUUUGCUCUCAAUUUAUGCCUUAAUAUAUGUAAAUGUACCUUCUGAGUAUACAGAGAAUAAUCACAAAUUUUGUUUGGAAAUGUUCGAUCUUU